CCUGGGUGGUGUUGACAGAGGAACACCGCCGACUUGAAAUCGUCGACGCGACUCUCGCGUCCCGUCCUGCAUAUCGUGUUCCCCCAAGCAGACAUUGAACCAAGGACAUAGAGACGCUACGAUGCUGAUCGCAACGGCGUCGCCAACGUCCACGCUUUCGCCGACUUUGGCCAGCGCGUACGGGCUUGUCCAACCUCGCCAGACCGACUACUUUGGCGGCAGCGACUCGGAUUGUUACAACUUCGGCAAUGGCCUCCAGUGUACAAGCAUCCUCAGCGGCUGCUAUGACGAUAUCCUCGCGGCUACCGACUACAGCUCGGCAGCGACAGCCUGUUUCUGCACCUAUGGCAUCUCCUAUCUCGACUGUUUCUACUCGCAAAUCGCCACGGGGACUUGCGCAAGCUACUAUUUUGGAUCCGCAGGCUACGGCGACUACCAGCGAUCCUACUAUUCCGAGUACUGUGGGAGCAUCCCCCCCGAUGUUAUGGCGCAGAUCGAAGCACCAACUAGCGUGUCCCUAGAUUUCGAAAAGGUAGAUGUGGUCCGAGCCACAGGCGCUAUUCGGCAACCCGACUAUGACGAACCGCCCCAGUACCAAGGGGAGGGAGAACUUCUCAAAGGCGCGUGUAGCCAAACCGACUUUACGCUUGUUGAUGGCGGUAACACCGUUUACUAUGGCGGUUUCGUGGGCUGUGUCAAUGACAGGCCCGAGUGUUGUCCUUGGGCCGUGGCGACUCCAGCCUCGGUUGUGUCAGGUAGCGCUGCUACCAACGGGCCUGCCGUCAAUGCCCGGGACAACAUCGACUUUCCGUCGCCAGUCAACAAUGACUUAGCUGUGCUGGCGAGCUGUGCCGAUGACUACUACUCCAUCUCUGGCGGGUGUUGUCCCAACGGCUUCUGGCCUUUCACGAGGGCUGUAGGUGGCAUCACGCCUUGUUGGAGUUCCAUUUCAACCGUUGAGCCUCCUACGCUCACCCUUGAAAAGGACGCAACAACAAAAGAGAAGCCGACGUCAGCCGUCGUCAACAUCGUUUGGUCGAUGCGCUUUGAGGUCGCAGAUCCCGGGAGCGGCGGACUUUCGACCGCGGCUAAGGCAGGCAUCGGUGCGGGAGCCGGCGUUGCAGCCAUCCUCAUCGCUGGCCUCGCCAUCUGCCUGUGGAGAUCUCGCCGCAAGAACAAGAAGCUCGCUGAAGCUCCGCAACCAGCGGCUCCAGCCCUGGCACAGAUGCAGCAACAGCAGCAGCAGCCGCCCUUUAAACAACCCCAGAUGAUGCCACAAGCCAAUGUGCCAAACGGCCAAUACCCUCCGGGAGCUUUCCACCCCGGCAUGGCAGCAAUGGCAAUUCCUCCCUCAGACCGCACUAGCACCGUGACAAGCGGGACUUCCGUAUCUCCCGGUGUUCUCGUUCCCCAGCACACAGGCACUUCUGGCGGCGGCGUGAGCGAGCUAAGCUCCCAAGGUGGCCAGAACCUGCACAACGCCCAGCCGAGUUACUUUGCCGGCGGUGGCGGUAGCAGGACGGACAGCCCGGCGGUGGGUGUCAACAACGGACAUGGCUAUCCGGCGCCGAUUGCGGAGGCGGAUGAGGGCCAGCAGCAGCAGCAUUAUCCGCAGUAUGGUUACCAGCUUCAACACCCACAGCAAUACCCAUUUCAACCACAACAGCAGCAGCAGCAGCCGCAAUACCUCGCACAGCAGCAGCAGCAGUACUACGGUGCUUCCCCGGUGCAGCAGAUGCCACCUCAGGGACAGGGACAGGGGCCGGGGCAGUACUACGCUCAUCCGCAGGCCGGGUAUGCGUACCCGCAGCAGCAGCAGCCAGUCUAUUCGCAAAACGUGCCCGAGAUGAGUGCCAACAGGGAGGCGGAUCCGCCGCAAGAGGUCAUGGGUAGCCGUGUGCAGCAGCAGCAUCAUGCGGGCUGAGGGACAUGCCGGGUGGUUGUCUUUCUUUGUUUUCGUGUGGCUUUUGGUUUCUGUUCUUGUGUGGUCCUACCACGUAAGGGAAUGCAAGGGAUGUAACAUCUAGACCAUGCCCGGCGUCAGGGGUCGUGAGGUGGUGGUGAUUCAGGGGUGACCAAUAGCUAGGGGUAAGUCAGGGGCGACUUU